AGUGACUGAUCUGAUGACAAGCAUAUUUCGAUAUUUUCGUUAAAUUGAGUGUUUGUGUUUUGUAAUAUUGUUUGGGACUUCGCGAUUUAUUAUUUGUGGCCAUACAUUUGAAUAAACAUGGAUGGACAGACUUGCAUAUUUUUGGGCAUCAAAGUGAAGCCUGGCCCAAUCGAACGCCAUAAGAUCGACAACCUCACUUUAGACAGUACAGUAGAAUCUCUGAGGGCUGAAGCUGAAAAGAAGAGCAGCCUACCAUCUUCGUCAUUAGAGCUAAUCCACCAUGGCAAGAUACUGAAGGACGCAGCAACACUGCAAGACAGUGGAGUGAAGAGCGGGGAGAUGGUCCAUGUUGUGAAGAAGAAGACACAGCCGGUGCCGACGGAACCCAAGACAUAUACUGAUGCUGAGCUGCAGCAGAUUGUGACUGCUAUGAGGACCUUUGGGUGCACACCUAAUGCACCCGGCUGGACUAGAGCCAUGCAGAUGCUGAAUGAUGACUCAACAAUGUCAGAGAUAAUAGAGGCAGUGCCAUCACUCGGUGAAGACUGCACCACUCUGUCCAUUCUCCACGAGGUGGAGUUGUUAGCUGCACUGGGGGCCAGCGUACAUACUAUGAGGCGAGGGGCGGAAGCUAGACCUGACCUGCCGGCUGCCUUGAGGCAUUUGACCAGACUGGUCCGGUCGAGGUCCAGUAAUGCUGCCUCUACUAGUGAACCUGCGCCUACAUCAGGCUUUGCAUACUCACUAGAGGCGCUAUCGGAGGAUGAGGACGCUGACGACGAGGACGCGGAGGACGGGGAGAGGAGCACCAUCACGCAGGAGCAACUAGCUGCUGCACUGCAGGCGGCAACAGAAGCGGUAUCCUCAACCAGCGGCGGGCGCGGCGCGGCGCAGGACAGUCUGCUGCGCCUGCUGCAGGCCGCGGGGGAGGGCCGGUCCACCGCCGCCGCCGCCUCCUCUACCGCCUCCCCGUCACCGUCGUCAGCUCGUCAGACCAUCACGCCGGAGAUGUUCAGCGAGGCCAUCUCCGAGGCCAUCACCCGCAGCGCGCGCCCCGCCGCCGGCACGCCCAUGGAGCAGAGCACUGCAGCGUCAUCAUCGCAGAGUCCGUCCGCCACGGCCGAGGGCUACUUCGAGCAGCUGCAACACAUGCACGAGAUGGGUCUGUUGGACGACGCUCUCAAUGUGCGCGCACUGCUGAUAUGCUCCGGUGACGUAAAUGCAGCUAUCAACCUAGUGUUUAGUGGUGCUAUCGGUGAUGAUUAAAUACUAUUAUUAUAAUUUAUAUAUUGAUAAAUCUAUGUAGGUAUCCGUAUCCUAUGAUUGUAUCUAAAAGCCUACUAAGAUUAAUAAAUCCGUAUUGGUAAUA